UUGAUGAAUGAAUGAAUGAAUGAAUAAACGAGCUCAGUAAAAAAUUGUUUAUAAUAAUCAGGCAUGGCACAUAGAAUAUUUUUAGAACGUUCUGGUAUAAUUCCAAAAGUAGUAACCAAUGUUGCACAAAAAUUUAAAUACUUACUUGUAAUUGAUUUUGAAGCUACGUGCGAUCAAAAGAAAUUAUUAGUGCCGCAAGAGAUUAUUGAAUUUCCUUGUAUGGUGUUAGACACAGAUGAUUUGAAAGUGAAAAAUGUAUUUCAUCGAUAUGUAAAGCCAAGGAUUAAUCCUAACCUAACAUCAUUUUGCACUGAAUUAACUGGAAUAUUACAAGAUAUGGUCGAUGAUGAAGAUCACUUUCCAGUUGUAUUUUCUCAAUUCUGUACUUGGUUAAAGGAUAACAAUUAUUUUGAUCCAAUUGACAAGAGUGCUUUUGUAACGUGUGGCAAUUGGGAUUUAAAAGUGAUGUUACCUAAUCAAUGCGCUACGGACAAUUUACAAAUACCAGAAGAAUUUAAACAAUGGAUCAACUUGAAAGAAACAUUUUGCGUGUCGUGCAAAUAUUUUCCUCGAAGUUUAACAGAUAUGAUCUCUCAUUUGGAGCUUCCAUUCAAAGGUAGAUUACAUUCUGGUAUCAGUGAUACAACAAACAUGAUUCAAAUAAUUCAAGCAUUGUGCAAAAAGCAUGAAGCACAAUUUAUAAUUACAAACAAGUUGGAUGAGAAGAAGAUAUAAAUUUUGUAAAACUACAACAUUUC